AUGACUGGUGAGGGCGGCCGCAGCGCCUACAAGCUGUUCACGUCGGGGCUGUCGUGGCCGGCGGCGCAGAAACGCUGCCAACAGGAUGGCGCGCACCUCAUCGUCCUCGACUCGCAGCCAGAGGCCCAAGUCGUGAGGGACUUCUUCGCCCGCAAUCUCACCCUUCAGAACGCAACCAGCACCGCUUACUACCACGCGGGCGUGUACAAACGUGGCAAAGACUUCAUCGACGUUCUCGGUGAACCUGUGCCUGAGUGGGCUAGGAAGACAUUAGACGCUAGCAGCACCGAGUACUGUGGACGCGUGGUAGCGAAUGGGAACUACGAUGAAGGACACUGUGAAUUGCCCCGAGCAUUCAUUUGUGAACAUGAGUGAUAUUUUCUUCAUAUAUAUUUUGACCAAUAAAUAUGACUGUCUUUAGGUAGUCAAUUACUUAUUAGUAGAAUCGGAAUUCUGUUACGAAAUGAAAAUAUAAAAUUUGGUAUGAGUUGUUUAAAGUCGUAGAAAAGAACAAUUGACGGUUGUGGUGUCCGUUAGUAUGUUGGCGAGUGUUGUUGGGGAAGGCAGAAUAGAGUUCGCUAGACAGUGGACACCUGAAUGUAGACCAAAAAUGUUAACAUAGAUUCUGUUUUUAAGGAGACGAUCACUUCUUUAUCAUCGUGAUUGCAUUUGACCAUCCGGUAUGAUGACUACGAAUUUGUUUUACUCGCGACUGCCUCUUCAAAGUGCUAUUGUGGACUUCCUAUUGAAUCUUGCAAUAGCACCAGUGCAAACGGAAUUAUAGUCUUCUUUCUGCAAAAUUGCGCUAUCUCCAGCAUCGAGAAGGGUACAUCAUAUACUUAAAGAUCUGUCUUCAAAAGGAAUCGGAGGCUCAAUAGUAAGAAGGGAUUCCUCUUUCCUGACCAGAGCCAGACGGCAUCAAUAUAAAAAAAUCGAGAAUCUUGAUUGGUAUCAUCUUCCUUUCUCAUUUUGAUUUUUAACAGUACCUGACCCUGGAACCUCCGCUUCAACAGAAAGACAAAACACGGCCGUGCCUUCGGGAUGUUAUGAAUUGCAAGUAUGUUUCCAGCUGGAUCGAGAUCAGUGCCAGGAGAAAACAAGGAAUAUAAUGAGAAAAAAGUCAAAAAUAAGGCCAAAUACGGCAAAAAAUCGACAUCUUAUGCUAAAAUAAAUUAAAAUGGGCAAAAAAGGCAAAAUAAAAAUCUAUUCAGUGCAUUCAGUUGUUAAAAGUCAUAAAAUCGUAAAAAAAGAUAACAAAAAUAUUUUGCUAAACUUCCUGGCACUACGUUUUAGUAAUUUCUUGUACAAGACGAUAAAGAUUUACGAUAUCUACGAGCGGAUGCUAUUACCCCACGAACACACCAGUGCUGUGCAACUUCAAAAGCACCAGCCACAAUUAAUGAAUCAGUCUCCUCAGCAGCUUCCUUCACAUUGAAAAGCUCGGCUUCGUCUCUGAAUAAAUAGAGAAAGUAACUGCUUGACCAUUUCCAAUAAACAAUUAUUUUGUGUUGGCUACAUUCAUCUAUGACAUUUGAUAUGGUGUUUUUUAGUGGAUAACCUGGCCUCCCAAUUGAUUUAGUGGUUCACUUGUUCACUUUUCACUUGACCCAACAAGGGUACCUAUCAAAGACGAUUGUAACCAUUUGGACACACCAGUUUCUUGAUAUGGAUAGUUUCUUGAAUAUGAAACAAAUUGAGGAUGAUGGAGGGGCUGAAUGGGGUUGAGGGCGGGAUGAGUUGGGCCGUGG